AUCGGUUACACAGAGUCAAUCACAUACGGUAGAAAGUGCUGUAAGUUCGUGGAGCAGGACAGAAGUUGGAGUUGAAGUUAAAGUUAGGAAACAGCAGUACUAAUUAUCUGUUAACUCUUGAGCAGCAUGGGACCGUUUGUCUUUCUCGUGCUUGUUAUGACUGUGAAGUCUGCAGAGUCUGUAGAGAGCGAUGACCCAUCACCUACGUUCAGUGAAAACAGUGUGUGCCAGCAACAAGUGAUCACCAUCAACCCACUAGUAUAUUCACAAAGCUCUCCUCCAUUGAACUCAGAGAUAGGCUGCAAUUCUUCCACCAUUCAACAUAUGGUUGAAACUGAACAAAUGGUAACAAGGCGACAGCUUGAGGAACUGCAGAUCGCAGUAUCGACCAACCAAAAAAUGAUAACUUCGGCUCUAAGAAACGCAACACACCAGUUUAAAGACACAACACUUCAAGUGCAAGAGUUGCUAGUAUCAUUGUCUGGUUUUCAAGAAAAUGUUACUUCUGAGGUACUGGGUAUAAGACGACAGCUGGAGCAGCUGCAAGUCCUGGUAUCUGCGUUUAAGGAAUUCCUUCAUGACUCCUCCACCGUGAACCAGAGUAGUACAACUGAUGCAACGGAGAGAACCACAUCAACGGAAACAGAUUCCUCCACCAUGAACGAGGCUAGUACAACUGAUGCAACGGAGAGAAUCACAACAACGGAAACAGAUUCCUCCACCAAGAACCAGGCUAGUACAACUGAUGCAACGGAGAGAACCACAACAACGGAAACAGAUUCCUCCACCAUGAACCAGAGUAGUACAACUGAUGCAACGGAGAGAAUCACAACAACGGAAACAGAUUCCUCCACCAUGAACCAGGCUAGUACAACUGAUGCAACGGAGAGAACCACAACAACGGAAACAGAUUCCUCCACCAUGAACCAGGCUAGUACAACUGAUGCAACGGAGAGAAUCACGACAAAGGAAACAGGUUCCUCCACCAUGAACCAGGCUAGUACAACUGAUGCAACGGAAAGAACCACAACAACGGAAACAGAUGCCCCUCCGAAGGAUUGUUCUGACAUUCUUGCGAGUGGUGUAUCGAUCAGUGGCGUGUACACGGUUCAACCUCUAAGCUCCGGUGAGGCUUUCCAGGUAUACUGUGAUAUGGAGACAGACGGUGGUGGAUGGACGGUUUUCCAGCGGCGGGAGGACGGCAGUGUUGAUUUCUAUUUGGACUUUGCCAGCUACAGCCGGGGCUUUGGGAAUCUAGAGGGAGAGUUUUGGCUCGGUAACGACAACUUGCACCGUCUGACCGCUCAGGGCGAGUAUGAACUCCGCGUAGAUCUCUCAGACUUCGAGAGUGAAUCCAGGUUUGCAAAGUAUGACUCAUUUAGCAUCGCUGAUGUUAGUGGCAUCUACAAGCUGGCUGUUGGAAGCUACUCCGGAACCGCAGGUGAUUCGCUGAGCGUCCAAAAUAACCAGCCGUUUUCAACUAAAGACCGAGACAACGAUGCAUGGUACAGGAGUUGUGCCCAGACAUACCACGGUGCCUGGUGGUACAGGGACUGCCACUUUUCUAAUCUUAACGGGGAGUAUCUCCGUGGGACCACGACUGUUUAUGCUCGGGGAGCUGUUUGGAGGACCUGGAGGGGCUAUCGUUACUCACUCAGAACCUCCGAGAUGAAAAUACGACCCACUCCACAACAAUAACACCAUACCACUCACUAUGUUGCCACUCACGAAUGACAGACAAACAGUACCAAUCAUCGAAAUAAAUUGUCCGCAUGUCAGAUGUACAAUCAUCGAUCUCCUUUAUACUGACAUUAGACCUUAUCGCAAAAUGUAAUUAUUAUUAUUAUUACUGCGCGACUACAACUUUUUGUUUUUUACCUGCUACAAUAUGUGGGAAAGACUUAGACCAAACUCAGUCUUCGCUGUGCGAAUCAUUUCUCUUCCAUAAAGACCAAGAAACCGUACCAAGUCUCGUAUCCACUUCAACAGCCCCAAUCUUAGUGUAAAGGUUGUUGAACUUCUGGUGAUUGAAGCUGGCAACGGUGAUGACAGACACCGCAAGAAUACAUCUCUUACAUGAUAUAACAUAGACUACAUUAGGUGUGCUACAUUGCGAGUUAGAGUCUGUCUUAAUGUAUGAAGAGUCAGUGGUGUGACUCUUCACCUUCAUUUGGAACGGGUACAUUUGUUACAGCCCAGUUUAUUUGUUGAGGGUUCUGUUCGGACUGUACUUUGGGAAAGUUUAGCUCUGACUAGGAUGUCGCCGAGGUUCUUAUAGGGCGACGAAAUACAACCAUGGGAACCUCAGGGAUUGCUGAGUGUAACCUGUUGGAGGUGUGAAGGAUAGUCAUGUUAUUAUUGAGGAUUGAAGAAAGUUUAGGUAGUUUAGGUAUAUAAAUAUAUAUAUUUCUAAUUUACUUCCCUUGUCUUUUUAUCGUUUAUUC